CAGGCUUGCCCAUGAGCACAUCCUUAACAGUUGCCCCACAACUCGGUAAUCCUUAUGCUAACUCUGUUGCUGGGAUGAGUGUCAACUCUGUUGCUGGGAUGAGUGUCAACUAUGUCCCCACCUCCUCAACUAUGGCAUCAAUGUCCCACCUCGACUUGAACCCUAUGGCAAACACUCCAUCUAGCAAGCAACACGCAAGAAAAAAGUACGUUUUAAUUAUUGUACAUUUACCGAUGCUACAUGAAGAAAACCCACGACUUCGGUGGUACAGUAUAAUCAUGAACGCAAGUGCCUUUCGCCUCUGACAUCGUGGGUUCGAUUCUCGCUACGGAGUCAAGUUACUUAUGUGAAGGGUCCGUCAACGCUCCAAUCCUGGGUUUUCUCUCGGUACUCUGGUUUCCUCCCACAGGGAAUGUGAACAGGAUGGUUUGGGAUUAGCCCCUUAAGCAGGAGUAAUACGCGCAACAAAAUCUGAUUUCAACGUAUGUUAAGUAGAAAUGUUGACAUAUGUUGCCUCGUGAUUUGUAAUAUAUGUGUGAACAUUUUCAAUUAACAUGUGUUGAAAUCAGAUUUUGUUGCAAGUUGCAGCAAUUUUGUUGCUCGUAUUACUCCACCUUUAACUGUGUCUUCCACCGUAGCUGUUGUUCCAUGAUCAUGUGUCACGACGUGACUGCUAGAGGCGCCCUUAGAAAGAGUUCGACUCGAUCAACUUGAGCUGCAUCGUUCACAAGUUAGCUUAGCUCUUAGCUGCAAGUAAGGAUGAUUAGCAAAAUUGUAAUCUUAAUGUUUUAGACAAAAGACGUCUGCUGCAGCUGGGACCCCUGUAUCGACGGUCGAUCAAGUUCCCUUACAAACUGAAGUGAUAUCUCAAGCUGUUGACUGGGUUUAUGAUCCUAAUGAACCUCGAUAUUGUUUGUGUAAUCAGGUGUGUAAUUGUGUCAUCUUCUUGGAGGGGGGUUGCGACGCGCAGGCAAAGCAGAACAUGGAUGCUGACUGAGGGUUUUUUCUUUUUCACUUGUAGGUAUCCUAUGGAGAGAUGGUCGGCUGUGACAAUCCUAACGUAAGUGUAUUUCUAAAUCAACUCGUGCUUGCAGAUUGUAUUUAUGUUAGGCAGGGGCCUAGCCAGGAUUAGCAAUCUACCCGUCCAAAAGUGCUAGGCCAAUUCUCCCCUCCCCAAAAACACUAUGUUUCCCUUGGAAUAAAUUUGAAAUCAGACCUUCUAAGAUUAACCUAGGGUUAAGCUAAUCCAGCUUUCAACAACUGGUCCCUGGAGAUAGUGUCGCUGCUUGGCUCCCUAACUUCUACAGCCAUAAAUCAACGUUUUUUUAAUGAUUACGUUUUUCUUACGUGUUUGUCAAAUCUCACUUUUUCUUAUAGUGUCGGAUCGAAUGGUUCCACUAUGGUUGUGUGGGAAUUACUGACCCACCCAAAGGGAAAUGGUUUUGUCCCAACUGUACUGUUCUCAUGUCUAAGAAGAAACGAAGAUGAUCGUAGGGUGUCGCCGCUAUUUGAAGGUGGGAGCGUUUUGAGGUCGAUCUCCCAGACCUUGAAAAAGUACAUCUAAUGUUCCUCGGUUCUUGAAUUUGCCUUUUUCAAAUGUCCUCAAAAGUGCGUAAAAACAAAAGAAAAAUAUGACCAUACGUUACGCUAUGAUCAGAUUAUGUAUGCAACAACAAAUUAUACUUGACUGUAGUUAUGUUUCACGUCUCAACAGACAGAUAAGGAAAUAUGAGAUAAUGAUUGCUUAAGAUUCUGAUCUCCUAUAACGUAUUUGUGAAAAUGUUCCGCGAUUUCACGCUGAGGCAAAUCAUCCUUAAGAUCCCACUUUUCUCCAGGGGCCGGUUGUAUGCAACUCUUAAUCACUUUUUUAAUCACUAUUUUGUAGUUAAAUAGUGAUUAACUCUCAAAUAGGCGCUUCUUAUUGGAUGACGUUUGCACUUAACCAUAGUUAACUUUAAUCACUUUUUUAUACAACCGGCCCCAGGUCUGCGGUGGAUCUCCCAUACCUAGAGAAAGCACGGCUAAGGCCAAGCCUUGCUGUGUAAACACGACUUUAGUAACAUAACACGAGACCCAUGGAUCUGAAUAGCAGGCUCCGUAGUCUAUACUGAUUCAGAGAAUAAUCUUGAAUGCCCUGUGCCAUUGUAGGUAGUGGCAAUAAUAACAAGCUUUCGUUAGUAGGGAUAUGCAACUACCUGAAAAAUAUAAGGAGAAUUUCGACGUUUCGAGCGAAGGCUCUUGACUAACCUCCUUCGAAUUUCACCUUGU